GGACUAGCAGCUGACGCGCCCCGGGGCACACCCACGCAGCAUCUCAGAGGCCACACGUCCGCAGGGAGGGGAAAGAGGGUUUGUCGCCUCACGCCACAAGCGUGGGCCGCCAGGGAUGCGGCUCCCGCGUCAGCUUGAGCGUGUAGCUGCGCAGGCGCGGGCAGUGCGUGCGGAAGGCAUGCAGCACGGAGGGUCGCACCACGCAGAAGCAGUGCACUUCGCGCAGGCCCACGCAGCGCUCUGCCAGCUCCUCCAGCGCGGCGUCCAGCUCGGCAGAGGCGGCAGCGCGCACCUCGAGCGCGCGCAAGGUUGCGGCGUAGUGGCGCGCUGCGAAGCGCACCGGGCCUACGGUGUCCCCAGAGAGGCUGAGGCGCAGCGCAGCCACGGGCACAGCAGGCUGCAGGACGCGUGUCACGCUCUCGGCAGGCAGAGCCGGCUCCAGCUCCAGCUCUACGGCCAGUCCAGGGUGGCGGCGGCUCAGCUCGGCCCAGGCUUCAUUAGGCAGGGGCGACGCGCGUGCGUCUUCGGGACAUGCGCACCGCAGGGCCAGGAGCUCAAAAGGUGCGCGGUCUGGCGCCGCCAGUGCCUCGAGCGCGGUGCGCGACAGGCUGGCCAGGUGCAGGCCGAGGGCGCGCAGGCAGGGGCAGGCCUCUAGUAGCUCCAGCACGGAGCCUGGCCCCACGCUGCCCACCAGCGUACUGUUAUCCAGGAAAAGGCUGCAGAGCUCCGGGCAGCCGUGUGCCACCUGCAGCACCAGCGCGUCGUCCAGUGUGAAGGGCAAGCGCCUUAGGUCGAGGUGGCGCAGCGCGCGGGCGGCCCUACAGAGGGCGUGCACGGCGUCCAGGACGUCGCGACCCGAGUCGAAGAGCCGCUUUUCUCCGCGGCACUCCAGGCACAGGCCUCGCAGCUCGGGGUUACGGCCAGCCAGUGCGGUCAGCAACUCUAUGGCCGCCAGGCGGCUCGGCUCCCUGGACGGCACAAAUUCCAGACGUAGAUUCUGAACGUGGUCCAGGCAAGCGGACAGGCUAACGGUCCCUGCUGGAAUUUGCGCCUCGUGUAUCCUGGGGCUUCUGAUACCCUCCACCAGGCCUGAACUUGGGACCCACCGGCACCCCGUUCAGAGUGUCAGGGAGUAUCAGAGAUCAGAGAUCUUCGAGCUCUACCACACAGAAGGCACCAGAAACGUCUGGUCCUCAAGGGGCACCUCCUUGUUGAUCCAUCCGUUGCCCGCUGGAGGAAGAGGAGCAGCUCUCACCCUGGGGCCCUCCGGCCUCGUAAGAACCACAAGUCCUCGAAGUCCCUUGCCGCAGGCUGUUCUCCCUGCUGUUUAACCUCAGGCGCCAGUUUCUUACCUGCUCAGCGGACCAGGAGGCAAGAUGGCGGCUGGGCCAAAUGGGCUCGAGGAGUGGGUGGGCAGUGCCUACCUAUUUGUGGAGUCCUCGCUGGACGAGGUGGUCUUGUCGGAUGCCUACGCUCACCCGCAGCAGAAAGUGGCGGUGUACAGGGCUCUGCGGACUGCCCUGGCAGAGAGUGGCGGGAGCCCUGACGUGCUGCAGAUGCUCAAGAUCCACCGCAGCGAUCCGCAGCUGAUCGUGCAGUUGCGUUUCAGCGGGCGCCAGGCCUGCGGCCGCUUCCUCCGCACCUACCGCGAGGGGGCACUGCGCGCCGCGCUGCAAGGGUGCUUGGCGGCGGAGCUGACCCUGCACUCCGUGUCGCUGCAACUGGAGCUGCGCGCCGGCGCGGAGCAGCUAGAUGCCUUGCUGACCGACGAGGAGCGCUGUUUGAAUUGCAUCUUCGCCCAGAAGCCCGACCGGCUCCGGGAUGAGGAACUAACAGAGUUGGAGGAUGCGCUCAGGAAUCUGACGUGCGGCUCGGGGGGCCAAGGGAGCGACGUGGAGGGCGCUCCGGCCCCCUCGCAGUCUCUGGCACCCUCUCCGUCGGAGGAGAAGCCACCGCCGCCGCCGCCGCCGCCGUCUGGCCAGACUUUUCUGUUCCAUGGUCAGCCCGUAGUGAACCGGCCGCUGAGCCUGCAGGACCAACAGACGUUCGCGCGCUCAGUGGGCCUCAAGUGGCGCAAGGUGGGGCGCUCCUUGCAGCGCGGCUGUCGUGCAUUGCGGGACCCGGCGCUUGACUCACUGGCCUAUGAAUACGAGCGUGAAGGGCUGUAUGAGCAGGCCUUCCAGCUGCUGCGGCGCUUCGUGCAGGCCGAGGGCCGCCGCGCCACGCUGCAGCGCCUGGUGGAGGCGCUCGAGGAGAACGAACUCACCAGCCUGGCAGAGGACUUGCUGGGCCUCGCAAAUCCCCAUGGCGGCCUGGCCUAGCCUGGGUACCAGAGAAAGGGGCAGUCGGCCAGUUGCCCAGCCAGGGUUUGGAGCACCUGGGUGACUGUAGGGUCCCUUCUAAUGCUACUGCUGACCUCCUGUCCACCCACGGGACUCUGACGCCAUACUUACAACCAGAUAUGGCUGCCCUCUCCAGGAGUCAGACAAGCACCCACAGUGUCUGCUGGGGUGCCACUGGGGGUUCUGUUCUAGAUACUAGGAUAGAGACAGAGCGUAUGGGUGACCUGCUGCAAAAGGUCGACCUCACCUUUUCCCACCGCAGAAGAGGGGCUUUCAGCCAGACCUUACCUCUUCAUUCAUAGAACAAUUCAUUACUAUUCAUUAAUUCAGUAUAAUUCAUUAAGGACCUGCUGUAUCCUAGGCAUCAUCCUGGGUGCUGCAAAUACCGUGGUGAACAAAACACACGAAUCCUGCCUGUCCCCAGUUCACACUCAGUCUGAGACUCUGAAUAUUAAGAAACAGUAAUAAAAUACUACCAGUUUUUUGAUGUGAAAAAUACAAGGAGUUGUGGGAGCAACUGAGCAGGGGCCUAACCCAGGUUAGGGGUUAGGCUUCCUGGGAGAGAAAUGACUGUGAAUGUUGUGGGUGGUGGAAUGAGAGAAGGGCAAUAUUCUGGGCAUGGUCAGCCUCAGGUGAGGUCUUGAGGAAGGUGAGAGGAAGGGAUUUAGAACAGAAGGUUUAGAGUGGCUGGAUCUAGGGGUGGGUGGAUUUGCAGA